AACCUGACCUCCCCAACUGAAUUUCUGCUUCUGCAGUUCUCAGAUAUUCGAGAAUUGCAGAUCUUGCAUUUCUUUGGGUUCCUUGCAUUGUACUUGGUAGCAGUGAUGGCCAAUCUUCUCAUCAUUGUGGCAGUAACACUUGAUUAUCACCUGCACACCCCCAUGUACUUUUUCUUAAUGAACUUGGCUGUUCUGGACAUCGGCUCAAUUUCCAUCUUGGUACCCAAAGCUAUGGCCAAUUCCCUCAUGGGUAGCAGGACAAUUUCUUAUUCUGGAUGCAUAACUCAAGUUUUCCUUCUGGUGUUCUUUUUAGAGUCUGAUUUUGCCCUCCUAACAGUGAUGGCACACGAUCGGUAUGUCUCUAUCUGCAAUCCAUUACAUUACCAGACAAUUAUGCACAGAGGAGCAUGCAUUCAGUUGGCAGCCAGUGCAUGGAUCAGCGGUGUCUUUCAUGCAUCAUUAAACACUGGAAGCACUUUUGCAAUCACUUUCUGCUCCAAUGUGGUCAAUCAGUUCUUUUGCGAAAUCCCACAAUUACUAAAACUCUCCUGCUCUGACCUGUAUUUAGUGCAAAUUGGGGUUAUGGUGCUUACCUGUGGCUUAGUGCUGGGAUGCUUUAUCUUCAUCAUUCUAACUUACACAAAGAUUUUUGCAACAGUGCUCAGAAUCCCAUCUGUGCAGGGUCAGAAAAAAGCCCUCUCCACUUGCAUUCCUCACCUCACUGUGGUUUUUCUGCUGGUAUUCAGUGGAAUAUUUGCAUAUGGAAGGUCUAUAGCUGAUAGUUCAUCACAUCUAGAUAUAGUUUUUGCAGUUUUUUAUGCUAUACUCCCUCCAUUCCUCAAUCCAUUUAUCUAUACCAUGAGAAACAAAGAGAUCAAGACUGCCUUAUGGAAGCUGUUCACCGUGGUACACUUUUCCAAAAGCAUCUCCUGCAGAAUUGUUGUAUGA